AUGAAAGUAGACAAAGCCUCUGAACUGACAAGAAAAGUUCCGAAGGCAGUGGAGAAGCUAGAAGACGUGUUACAGUGGACAGGAAUAGUGCCAGAUGAAAGUCCCACAGUUGGUGGAUCAUAUGGGCCAUACUUACAGUCAGAAAGGCGUUCAUUGUAUGAAAAAAGUGUUGACGCUCUUUUGAAGAGUGGGCACUGCUACCAUUGUUUCUGUACAGAGAGAAGAUUAGAAAUGUUGCGGAAAGAUGCGGCUAAACGAGGAGAACCUCCACGAUACGACAACAAGUGUAGAUAUCUAACUGAGGAGGAAGUAAAUGAAAACUUGGAACAAAAUAUUCAGUCAGUGAUCAGAUUUAAGUAUGAGCCAUUAGAAAGUGCUUGGACGGAUCUUGUUUAUGGUUUAAUGCACGAGAAGUCUGUGGGUGAAUCUCUGGAAGGUGAUUUUAUAGUGAUGAAGACGGAUGGCUUUCCGACAUACCAUUUUGCAAAUGUUGUAGAUGAUCAUUAUAUGAAGAUUUCUCACGUUUUAAGAGGCGAGGAAUGGACUAUUUCUACACCUAAACAUCUCCAGAUGUAUAAAGCCUUUGGUUGGGAGCCACCUGCUUAUGCCCAUUUACCUUUAAUAGUUAACAGUGAUGGAACAAAGCUGUCUAAAAGACAAGGAGAUAUUACUGUUGAAUAUUUUAGGGAACAAAAUUAUGAUCCAAAUGCAAUAUUAAACUAUUUAUCAACAGUAAGUGGGGCUUUUAAAGAUAGUACAGAGGGUAAAACUCUAGGGGAGAUGAUCAGUAUGUUUUCAUUGGACAAUGUUACAAGCCACCCUGCCAGACUUCAACCUGAAAAGUUAAAACCCCUUAACGGACAUCAUUUACGCAGACAAUUCCAUGGUGAUCAGAAACAACAAGUUGUAAAUAAAACACAAGAAAUGGUUCAAAAACAUUAUAUGGAAAGAGUAGCAAAUAGCCAUGUUUUAGACUUACGUUAUAUAGAGCAUAUACUUACAUGGGCUUUGGUUUCAAGAAUAUCACAUUUGGAGGACUUGCUCUCAAAUUCUCUAAACUUUAUCUGGGUAUUUCCAGACCAAGAGAAAGUUAAAAAUGCACUUUUUAAGGACAAAAACAGUGAAACUAUGAUUAAAGGGACCAUCGACAAAUUAAACAUUGUGCAUACAUUUAAGGAAGCACCACUAAAAGAGACUUUAAUGUGUUUCUGCAAGGAACAAAGUUUUAAAACUAAACAUUACAUGACUGCAUUGAGAAAUUGCCUCAGUGAACAAAAGGUAGGUCCACCUGUUGCUGAAAUGAUGGAGAUGCUGGGAAAACAAGAGACAUUAAAACGUUUACAAAGUGCAUGUGAUUCUCUGAACACUGGACAGACGUAAAAAUAAACAAUAAAGAGGAUAAAUGUAACAGAAAUUAUCAUGACAUUUACAUAAUGAAUUGAAUGAUAAAAGACUGCAGAUUUUUAUGUUGUUAGUAGUUCUGGUUGAAAACAUUACCAAACACAAACAUGUUGAAGAAUUAAUUUUCACUCUAUUGCAAAACUAUAGUUUUAAUAAAGUUGCAUUGUUGUUUUAAUUGUUAAUGUUAUUUUAUUUCAUUCUUGUUAAAAAUUAAAAUUGAUUAAGAUUGAAGAAAGAAGGACAGAUACAUGUAUACACUCAUGGGUGUAAGUUUUCAGGAGUAUACCUGAAGUUCAGGACUUUUAGACUCGUUAAAACAAUACUUUUCUUUUGAAAACUACAGAAAAAUUGCUAAAUUCAGGAUUUUCAGGACUUCUAAAAUUCCCAUCUUUCACCCAUGCACUCUGUGAGCAAAGAUUGAAUGAGACUGGUUAAUUACCAAAGUAACAGAUUGUAAAGAACUACUGAAAGCAGAUAUAUUCUAUGAUGAAAACUCCUUUUAUUAUAAAAGACGAUGGUCAGAUG